UUUACCACAAACCUAUCCCAACAGCCAACAGACAGAGAGAGAGAGAGAGUUAUCGAUACAAACCAAAACCAGUAGAGUGAGCCAGCUGAUAUAUUAAAGAAGAACACGCAGAGAUGUCUUCAAGGCUUAACAGUUCCCUCAUUUCUGAGAUGGAGAAAGUCAAAAGCUUGAUCAAACUGACCCCAGAGGAGAGGAAGAAGGAGGUCAGGAGGAACAUGUUUCAAGAGCUAAGAUCCAUGGAGAUAGAGCGCAGACAAAGAGUUGCUCUGGAGAACAUGGAGAAGCUCAAGAGGGAAAGAGAGGAACGAGACAAAGUGGAAGAAAGUCUGAGAAGACAGAGGGAGAAAUAUGUGGAAGAGAGAAGGAUGCAGGAGGUCACACAAAGAGAGGAGGAAGAGAGAAAGGCCAAUGAGGCAAAUGUCCUGCAAAAAGCAGAACAGGACCUGCUGAAGCAAGAGAGGCUUCACUGGAGAAAGGUGAUGCAGGUGGAGGAGGAGGAGGAGAAGUCAGUAAAAAGGCCCAGGUACAAAACCAGCGCUCCAAAAGAAGAGCAGCUGAGGAGGCAGGGGGAGGCUGAGCUCUGUCGCCUGCCGAUGGUGGGGGACAAAGUCAGCCAUGAUCGCCUGACCUCUGACCUGGAGACCGACAAGCAGCAGGGCAAAAAGAAAACCCUGAUCAACAACUGGGUUGGAGUUCAAAAGAUAGACAGUGAGCCUGUCAAAGAGGAGCCCCACCCAAAGAGCUCCACCUACCUCCAUUUUACUGCAAAGGUGGCCCUGAAGUCUGAAGGAAAAACAGACAAACAAGCACCAAAACCAAGGAAGACCAAGCAGUGGCUGGCAGACAGACUGAACGUUGGGUACUGGAUGGACAAAUACAGAGACCAUAAAGAUAAAAAAGUAGAGAAGAGAAAGCUCAAGGUUGAGGAGCAGUAUGCCAAAUGGGCCGCCUUUAAGGCGAGCCAAGCCAGUCAUGUUUCCCGAGAGAAUGACUGCUACAUUGGAGGAUUUGCUACAAACCGAAACAGCAUCCUCAUAGGCCUUUUUUAAUGUUCUUCUUACUUUGUUUCUGUGUGAUUUGUCAAAAUAAACUAUGUGUUGCACUAAAA